GCCACUUAUAUGGACACUGAAAAUACUAUUAAUGAGCCGGUCACUCUGUUAAAAGAUACCACUCCUAGUGAGUGGGGACUGUACUCAUGGAAGUCCAAGCCUAUUAAGCACCAGCCUGUGUAUUCUGACACUGAAGAACUUUCAUCUGUUCUUAAAGAAAUUGAAAAUGCUCCUAAAAUUGUUGAAAUCCAAGACAUUUGUGACCUCCAAGACAAUAUUAGGCUCUGAGGAUUAGGAGAUAAGAUGCUUAUCCAUCUAGGAGACUGCGCAGAAACCUUCAAAGAUUGAAAUGAGGUGUCUAUCAAGAACAGAUUUGUCCUUUUCAACCUUUGCUCUUUGAUCAUAAAUAAAAUCUUAAAGAAAGAUGUAGUUAAAAUCGGAAGGAUUGCAGGCCAAUACGCCAAGCCAAGAAGCAGCCCGGUUGAAGUCGUCAAUGGGGUGGCAAUGUCUUCCUAUUUUGGAGACAAUAUAAAUUGCUUUAGUCCUACGAAGGAAGGAAGAGUACCCAAUCCUGAAAAAUUGAUAAAAGGGUACCACUGGGCAGUGACUACUUAUCACACGAUUGAGAAAUUAAUGAACUACAAAACUUAUGAGAUCUGCAGAGAUGUUCUGGAGGAUCAGCUUAGAGAACAAACUGCUCUCGACAAGGACACGCCUGAAUAUGAAGAUUUCAUCAACGUCAUAAAGGAAUGUGCAGAAGACUUGUCUGAUAUUGAAGAUCUUUAUGUCAGCCAUGAAGGACUACUUCUUGAUUACGAGUCUAAGCUCACCAAACUCUGUAGAUAUUCUGAGGAUGAAUCUGAGAAGUAUUUUAACACCUCUACCCACUUCUUAUGGGUAGGAGAGAGGACAAAUAAGUUUGAUCAAGCUCACGUGGAGUAUUUCAGAGGAAUUCAGAAUCCAAUAGGUAUCAAGGUUGGACCAAAGUCUGAUCCCAAAGAUAUUGUGAAAUCGAUAUUGACUCUCAACCCUGAAAACGAAAUGGGAAGACUUACUCUUAUAUUGAGGCUUGGUGCUAAAAAUGUAAAAGAAACUCUUCCUCCAUUAAUAGAAGAAAUCACCAACCAUAAGCUAAAUGUAGUAUGGGUAACAGACGCAGUCCAUGGAAACACCUACGUCAAUGAUUGAAAAUUUAAAGUAAGACAUUUCGACACUGUCCUGGAAGAACUAGUCUCAGUAUACACAAUCCUUCACAAAAACAACCAAAUUUUCGGAGGAAUCCACCUCGAAGUUAGUGGAGACAACGUGACAGAAUGUCUCGGAGGGAUCACCAAGACCUGAGACGACGACCUCUACACCAACUACUCCACCCAAUGAGAUCCAAGGCUAAGUUUCCUCCAAACCCUUCACCUCAUCUACAAAUUCUGCAUCGAGGUCAGCAAACUCGACCUUCUCCCAACAGAGUAGCAUUAACAGUAACAAUAAAAUUUCUUCAACUCCUUAA